AUACCUUAAAACACCCAUCACCUCACCCUCACCCACACACUUGAAUUCAAGUACAAAACAAUCAAUGGCUAGCUCAAUGGUUACACUUACUUCCUUGGUUGUACUGUGCUUGGUUUUGGCCACUCCCUUAGCUAAUGCUGCCCAAUCAUGUGGCCAAGUGCAACUAACUGUUGCACCAUGCAUUGGUUACCUUAGAAGACCAGGCCCAUCUGUCCCAGCAGCAUGUUGCAAUGGAGUUAGAACUGUUUUCAACCUAGCCAAAACUGUCUCUGAUCGUCAGGCUAAUUGUAGGUGCCUCAAAUCCACUUCACUCAGCUUGCCUGGACUCAAUCUUCCUGCCCUUGGUUCCCUCCCUGGCAAGUGUGGUGUCAAUGUGCCAUACAAAGUUAGCCCCACCAUUGACUGCAACAAGGUUACCUAAUGAGGUUCUUGGAGGGCUUGUGCUUGCUUGAUGAAUAAGUAUUAAGUAAUUGAUACUUGGUUUGUUGUAAUAACCAAGACAGAAUAAAGAAAAUGGCUUAACUUCUCUUUAAUUGAAUCUCCUAGAGAUUCAUAUGCUAUGUAUUUCGAAAAUAAUUAAAAUAAAACCUACUAUGCUUGGAUUUACUAUCA